CCCAGACCCCAAAUGAAAACAACAGCAAGCAAGCAAGCAACCCUUCUCUAUGAUCUCACAAAUCUUGCGAAUGAGCAUCAAUAAGAAUGUCUGAUACAAGUUCGGUUAUCAGUUGUGGCUCCUGUGAUUCUGAUUUUAAUGACGAUGAAAAAACUCGACGCUCUAGACCAAAGAAAGCAGACCAUUUCCUGAAGAGGCUGUAUAGUCGUGAGGUUGGUUUUUCUGAACUGAGACCAACAUUUCCUACUCCACCUGCUCGAUUGAAGUUUCCCUUAAAGAAGACUCUUCCAACAGCAAUUCAUAGCCAUAUAUUUCUUGGUAUAUCAUCAUGUGGUCAGUUACUCAUAACAUACACAUACACGACAGAUUUUGAUGAUCGACCAAUUUCUUUCAAUACAAUUUUUAAGUACCGAUUGCACUGGUGGGCAUUUGUUCCUUAUGCUGAAGCUCGAAAGGUUGCUGAAGUGACACUGUUUGGAAAUUAUAACGUGUAUACACCUCUUUAUCUGGCUUACUGUCAGUGGCCCAAAGAUUCUAGUAAAAUUGUUGUCUUUGGACGAAGUAAUGAGUCUAAUAAUGGCCUCGUCACUCAAAAUAUUAGGUCUUAUGUCACAGUUACUGCAGUUCCAUCUUUGCAGAACUGUCAAGAGUGUCAAAAAGUAGCAGCUUCAUUUGAGGAAGAAGAUAUUGCUGCAAGUUGGGAUAGUUGUGCUAGAUUGAACUGUUUAGUUCAUGGUUUAACAGUUCAUACCUCAUUUGACAUGGCUCCACCGUACCCAAAGUUUGUAGCUACCACAAGUAUGAAGAGCACAGGGCGGGUGGUGCUAAAUUCUGGCAAUUUUCUGCAUGUCAUUAGGGUAGGAUUAGAAAAUGUUUUUGAUGCAAAAUCUUCUCGGAAACAAUCAACUGAUACUUGUCAUUUGCAAUCGGAACAGUUCAUUUUCCGCUCCCGAUCACUUACAUCAUCAAAUUUGAAUGUUCGUUUAAGUGAAUAUCAAAACCAUGCACUUAUUGGACUGGACCCUUCUUCACCUGUAGCUGCAUCUCCUGAUCAUGUUGGUGACAACCCUAGUAUAGUGGAAGAGCUCAGCAUUAUUUCGCAGGGCUAUGUUGGAGUCUCCACCACCCAGAAUUUAUGCUGUAGAACUGAUUCAUUAACAUUAGAAACAGACAGUGAUGCGAGCAGUCAGCGCUCAGCCAUUAUGAGUCCACCACUUCGACGUAGGGCCCAUUCUAUUUUACCAGCAAGAAGUCAACAAGGACGAUUGAGCAGCAAAGCUGAAAAAGCCUAUGAUUUCAAUGAACAAAAGGAUGAAAGAAUCUAUGAAAGCUUAAGCUCCUUUAGAAAAAGGCGUCUAGCAGAUAAGAAGUAUGAGUUCAGUGAAGAGGAUACAGAAGACUCGGAGAAUAUUGUGCCAUUUCGCCUUAGUAGACAUUCAGAGGUGUCAAUUAUGCCCUCUCCAACUUACCCUCUACCCCCCUCUCCAUUAGCAUUUUCCAAUAAGGAUCGCAAUGCUAAUCGAAGCACUUCUUCGAUUGGUGACCCUCCUGAUGGACCUUGUAAUCUUCGUUGGAAAAGCUUCGCAAAGACUGGAAGUGGUCCACUUAAUGGUGAAACAUCUGGGACUUACUCUCCUGGAUCGAUAUUCAUCGACCUUAAUAUUGAACCUGACAAAGUUGUUCUUCGACCUCAUAAUCGCAAUAAUUCUUUGCUCUCACCCAGAGAGCAGGAUCUUCAACGUGAUGUUAAUAAGAAGUCUAUUGCCCCUCAUGCCGAUAAUUCAUCAUUGAGUUUGCCUCAAUCACUCUUGUCCCCACCACCACCACCGUCACCACUUAUGAGAUUAGGUCCUGAAAAGAGUGAUAGUAUUGGCUUUGAGAGUAUACUCAACAUUCCAACCGCAGUUGCUCUUCAUGCUUCAGAUAUCUCUAAAACUUCAAUGUCAGCCAAAAUUAGUGAUAGCACUAAAAAUGCACUGUCUUCAAAGUGUAUUGAUAACUCUAAGAGUUCAGAUUCCAAAAAAAUGGUUGACCUUUCUGUAAGCACAGAUUUUUCAAAGAAUGCUGGGUCCUCUAAAUUGAAUUCUCUUGCAUCAAAAGCUCUAGAUUCAUCUAAAAGCCAAGAUGUAAACAAAACCAUGGAUCUCUCCAAGACCUUAAAUAUUGCAAAAUUUUGCGAUAAUCCUAAGCAUAAAGAUUCAACAAAACGAUCACUGAGUGAUUCUGAGAAAGAGAAAUUAGAUAGUAAAAUAUUCUGGUCCAAAGCAGGAUGUACUGUACAGUUUGAACGUCGUUUUAUUGAAGUUGAUGAUGAACUUGUUUCUGUUAUAACUGAUAUUGAGGAUGACGAUGAGAGUGGAUCAACGGGCUUCCACAGUGCCCUUCCUUUAGAAGUUCAUGGCACAGGUUAUGUCCAAAUGCAAAUGAUUUCAAAUGCGAAGGCUGAAAAACUUAUGGCACCUUGUGCUUUGGUUCAUCAGAUGAGUUUUGACAUUGAGCAAUUUUGUCAUGAAGUUGCGGAAGUGUUAUGUGAGAGAGCUGGAAUGAAAUUUUGGUAUUGUAACAACUAUGAUGUUGAAAUUGUGGAUGUAUGUCCACAAUCAGCUGAUGUCAUAUGCCUGGCUUACAUGAAAAUCAAAGCCACUCUAAAAUCUAAAGGUGUUCCAAAAAAUAAACGGCUUACAAAUGAUCGGCAACAGUAUCAAACAAGCUGCUUGUUUGUUUGGAAUAUGAGCACUAGUAUGUGUCGAGUGGAGAGAGCUGGACAUCUUGAGAGGCUUGAAACACCUCAGGAUGAAGCAGAACUGCCUGAUUACCGAGAUAUUCAGUUUGCCCCAAGUAGCCCAGAGCAAGCUGGUGAUGAUUGGAAUCCAGCUAGAAAAGAAGCUCAGGAAUUACGUAAUGAGGGUGUUUGGAAUUGUUGGGGUGCAAAUCAACCACCUGUUACAGUGAUGUCUAAUGAUUCCUUUCUCAAAGGAAAAUCAUUAGAAGAAAUAAAGCAUGAUGAAAGCGGCAUUUCUUUUGUGCUGUAAUUCAACUUUAUGCUCAGCAGUCUUUUAUUUCCUGUGACUAAGGCUUUAGUUUCUUUAGGUGUAUGUAUAUAUAUAUUAUAUGUACAAUUGUAUUUUAAUAUGAAGACUCAGGCUGCGCCAAUCCGUGAUAUUAAGUUUAGAAAUUUGUCCCUUCAAGCACUGAAAAUCUUCCAUGUUUAAUAGUAAGACUCUCCGGCUGGAGACCUGCAGGUUUUAUGUUUGUUCUUUAUUUUAAGUUUUAUGGUCUUUUGAGAGUCUUGUCUGUAACCUGUAGCUUAUUACAAACAUGUUGUCUGAUGAAGAAAAAUAAUGAAUGCAGUAUCUAACUUUCCUCUUCAAGUAGGAUUUUCUAAAUAUUUUCUUUUUGUGGUAUUAAGUUUAUGUCAUGAACAUGUACUGAUGAAUGUUUUUGCUAGUUUUUGUUGCUUGUAGAUGUGCUUUAGUGCGCACAGUUUUUCAUUUGACUGUUUUUUGUGUCACAUGUAUAUAUGUAUUUAUUGAGACCCCCUUAAUUAACCAAUAUAUUUGGUUCUCCCCCCCCCCCCAUCCCUCUUUCCCCAAAUCAAUUUUAAGAUUCAUGAACUGCUCUUGACUGGUCAACCAGUCGGUCCUAUUAAUUUGAAAGCCAAUUCCGUAUAUUUUAGUCCUUACCUUCUAAGUAAAGCCUAUUAAAACCAAAUAUGUACUGUAUGUCAAAUAUCUUUUUCCAUGAAAAUACGUCAAAUAUUUAACAAGAAUUUCUUUCCAUGAAAGCACUCUAACAAAAAACAAAAAAAUGAAUUUUCAGGCUAGGAACACAGUUUUCUUUCUAUUUGCAUACUGUAAUUAUUGUGUUUUAUCAUUACUGAAGGACUUUGUCAUGAGUUGUGGUUCUAGUGCUAAAAAUCAUGCUAUAAAUGUUGCGGGAUAUUUUUUACAUUGCGGAUACAACAUGAAUCUCUCAUGUUUUCUGUGAUAUUAACUUCAAUGUUGAGUAGAGGUGCUACUCAAGACCAGUGGCUCUGGCUUAGCUAUUUCUGAAUUCUAAACCAGGUGUUCAUGAAUGCAGAUUACAUGGUAAGCAGGGUUGGUUACCAUGAGCACCAUUUAAAAAAGGUAUCUGUGUGUCUAAGACCCUGUAAAACAAUUAGUGGGUAAAAACUGGCUCAAGCUGCUCUUUAUUUUUAUAUGGAGUCAUUGGAAGUGGAACAAUAUUGACAUGAAUGCUUUGGUUUGUGAUUACGCUUUUGAAUUCUAAGAUAAUAUUUUUUAAAACAAAAUCAUUAUGUUACCAGUAUAUACAAAAGUCAUCUUUUGUGUUGAAAAUGUUGAAAAAUAGUUCAGGUCUUGUAGUAGUUAGUAUGCUGCAAUAUUCAGUAAUAAUUUUUGUGUGGCUACUUGUAAGAACGUCAAAAUGAGUAAGUAUGUUUGUUUUUAUUAAUGUGCAAGCUUCACUGUUUUAAAUUCCAUUAACCAAGAGAUCUUUAAGAACCAUUUGAAAACCAUAUGAAAAUUGCCCAAGUAUAUUAGCACAGUGCUUUAACUUUUGAGAUUUGUGCUCUUUUCCACCUUGUAAAUACUGUGUCUACAUGAAUAUGAAACACAGUGUUGCUUUGUAAAUUUUUCCCUCAGUUUUUGCUGUGGCAAUUUUCUUCUGUUAGCCUCAUAGUGGACUGUGCUUCCAUGCAUAUCCGGGCUUUCCACUUUGCAUUUUGCCUCAACAAAAUCAGAAGGCUUCAAGAGCUGAAAAGGGACUGUGAUAUGGGCGUCUUGUAUUCAUAUAAAUACGGUAGGUGCCCCUUAUUUUGGCAGUCGUUACACUCAAUGUAUUAUUGAGUCUUACACAGACAUUUUAUUUCAUUUUACCCACAAAUAUUUGCAAUAAUUUUUUUCUUUGUUUUAUAUUGGCACUGCUUUGUUAAUUACUUGUUCAAAUUGCAGUUUGUAAACUAUGGUUCCCUAGCACCCAUAAAAUUUAAACUCAACCGACUACUCCCUUAAUUUUACCAACAUUUAUUCAAAUAUGUAGUCUUGUAAUUAAAUGAAAACAGUAUAACAUGCAGAGAAAAAUUGUCAGUUACCAAGAUUUGCUCUCUGGAAGUUUCUAUUUACCUAUUACCAAUUAACUGAUGAACUAUUCAAGAUGCUGAUUGUUUAAUUAUAUGAAGUAAAGACAGUUUUAUUACCAUGUAAUCUUACUUCUUUUGAAGUAAUGGAAAAUUUCAGUCUUUGUACAGAUAGAUCUUUCUAUUCGUGUGAAAGCAAUGUAGCUGGAGCUUGCUCAAAGGGUAUGCUAAUAGAUGUAUAUUUUUCCUGUGUGUAUGGUAUUUAUUUUCACUUGCUAGUGAAAUGUACUGACGGAUUCAGUGAUAUUGUUCGUAUAAGGUCAUGAUCUGUGAAGUUACUCCUUGCUGAACUCAACGCAGUAAGGAGAUUUGAGUGAUUUGCAAUACAAAAUAAUGAAUGAAGUCAUUCAUUAUCAAACUGAUCUUCUAGUAAGUUAUUUAGGUUAAUGUUGUGUGAUUUGUAACUUUAACAGGUGAAUUUGUUCUUACCACCAUAUUUUUCUCUUGUAAGGCACACCCUUAGUCAUUAUGACUUCUUAUCAGACUGGAAGCUCCUAGCUUUCUUUCAAUUUUUGUUUUUGAAUUUUACUCAAUUGAUAAUGAGGAAGGCUGUUUCUUUCUCUAAGAAAUUUUGAUCAAAAAUAAUGUUUUACAUUAAUCCAUUCUCUAAAAAGUUAUAUUUUGGAUUACAUGCUCAUUACUGGUUUGGGUGUUUCUUUCAAAUUGAAAAUUGUGGUGUGUUAAGAGUGUGAUUUAUUUCUUUUACACAGUAUGAAUUGAGACUGUAAGGAAAAUAUUUACUGCUUUUUGUCCGGGCCACUCACAUGAUGGCAUAACAAUUGAUGCUGGACACAGUUAUCUGUGAUUUCAGGUGCAGACCACAACAUAAUUUCUGUUGUGACCUAUACCUGAGACUGCAUAAUUCAGACUGAGGUAGUAUAUUCUCACAGGCUUUUUUCAUACUGUCAUAUGAAUGUCAUUUAUUGCUGUUAGUCAGUUAAAGUUUAAGUAAGAAGUAACUACAUACAUACAUACAUCGUUCCAACUAUGACAAGCAUCAAGUGUAGAAAAAAGAAUAAAAUCAUUUGACUGCUAAUGUUUGCUUUAGUUUGUGUUGGAAUGAUAUCUUCCUGUUUAUCAAAGAGCCGAAUGGGAAAACCUCAAAGGAUGAAGAUGCCUGGAACUCCGGUACAAACUUGUUUACACAAAAUUGUAUUUACCACCAAGCUUCUAACUUUAUGUAAAAAGUGAAUUUCUUGAUCUAUCCACAAUACCUAUGAAUGUGAAUGCAACCACUUGAAAUUCAAGACUUAAUUAAUUUGAAUAAAGUUAACAGCAGGAUUA